AUGGUAAGAGGGAACGACAACGCACCAGCCAACUCCCGGAGGCGUUCGCAGCGAGCGGCGAGGCCCCACGCUCCUGAGGCCCGCCCCCGCCGCCCCGCCCCGCCCCGGCCGCCAGGCUCGCCGCGAGGCCGGGAGCUGUGCCGCGGCCCCUCGCUCACCACUGCGCAGGCGCGGGCCGCGAGCGUGGGUCGUCUGGAGGCUGCGGACUGCCGGCACUUCGGAGCGCGGGGCUUUGCGGCCUUCGUCUGA